AUGCCUCCUCCACCUCCUCCACCACCUCCUCCUCCACCGGGAUUUGGUGGUCCUCCUCCCCCUCCACCUCCUGGAGGAGCCCCAGGAUCGAUGCCAUCAAGGCCACCUGCGAAGGUCGCUGCCAAUAGAGGCGCACUUUUGUCAGAUAUCACAAAAGGAAGAACACUCAAAAAGGCUGUAACCAACGACAGAUCGGCACCAAUAGUAGGCAAAGUAUCCGGUGGCUCUGGGCAAAUGCCAAUAGGAGGUGCUCCACCAGUACCUGGAAUGGCAAAACCUCCUGGGGGUUUCGGCGCACCACCCGUACCUGGGGGAAACAGAGCUCGAAGUGACAGUGAACAUGGGAACGGCGUGUCUGCAGGAAUGGAACAACCUCCACAGUUAGGAGGAAUUUUCGCAGGUGGCAUGCCCAAGUUAAAGAAACGAGGCGGAGGAGUAGACACUGGCGCAAAUCGAGAUUCAUCAUUCACAUCAGAACCCGAAUUUUCUGCGCCUAAACCACCAGGUAUGGCAGCUCCUAGACCUCCAAUAAAUGCAGCUCCUCCGUUACCAUCAGCCCGGCCUCCUCCUCAGCCCAGUCCUUCGGCACCUACAUUCGCGCCAUCGAUUGCCAAUUUGCGAAAAACUGCUGGGCCAUCAAUUUCUCGACCUGCUUCUUCAACUUCUCUCAAGGGACCACCACCUCCUAUUGGCAAGAAACCUCCUCCACCUCCUGGGACUCGAAAGCCAUCAGCUUUAUCAGCCCCACCACCGCCAUCAUCAUUCGCACCUCCACCUCCUUCUUCGGCCCCUCCACCGCCUGCUGCACCGCCGCCACCACCUUCUCCAGCUCCGCGCCCUCCCAGUAACCCACCUCGAGCACAUGCGCCCCCUCCUCCACCAACGUCUCCACCUUCGGCUAAUGGAGGUGGUCAGAGUCUUGCUAUGCAAGCAGCAAUUCGUGCUGCCGGUCAAGCAUCACCAAUGGGUGCACCCCCUCCACCGCCGCCACCCCCAUCUAGUGGACCACCCUCUAUAUCGUCACACAGAGCGCCAUCUCCGCCUGCACCGCCAGCUGCACCAAUAUCAAGAAGUCAAAGUCAACAACAAGGAAGAACUCACCCAAUGGAUUCUAGCUCAUAUACUCUAUCGUCGAACGGUACCUUACCGAAAACCGCCAGCUCUGAUAGGAGAGUUACAAUCAACGAUUCUAGAUGGAAAUUCACCGACGAAUCAGUAUUUCCCAAACCUCGGGAGUUUAUUGGUGGACCCAAGAAAUAUCGGGCUGGCCGUGGGAGCAGUGUUCCGUUGGAUCUUAGUGCUUUCCAUUGA